AUUUUCUCAUAUUAUUUGUCACGCGCGCGCACGUAAGAGAGAGAGAGAGAGAGAGAGAGAGAGAGAGAAAGAGAGAGGAAAAAAAAAAGAAAAAGAGAGAAAGAGAAAUAAAGACGGACGGGACCGUGUUUCUCGGAAGGUCACAGAAGGCAAUAUAAGAAAACGAUCACGAUUCGCGUUCGUUUAUGUGUGUGUAUGUGUGUAUGUGUGGUGGUCCGAGAAAGAUAAUUCGAAGUGGGGAAUCUUGAGAAACUUGAUCUCUCGUUGAGACGGGUCAGCAGCACGCAUCGGUCGCGUUAAAUCCUGACGCAAGUGCGAACGGUGAACGGACACAGGAAAAAUUUAGAUCCGGGUUGUGCGCGUAUGCUACGAUUUUGGAAGGACGAUCUACAAAUGGAGCACGGGUGCGUCCUUAAAAUGAAAAUGAGCGCAGAAAUGGAAUCAUACUAUGAGUAGUACGUUCGAAACGGAGGCAUCAACGAUCGCGGUCUCGGUGAUUGACAAUAUGAUGACCAAUGCCAUUAGCAAUUUCGGAAAUAACGUUACCAAGGAAGCGACACCUAUUUUCUUGCAGACUCGAACUGCUCAGGGCAUAGCCGGUAUUUUUGUCUGGCUAGCUCUUUUUUUAACUUGCCAACAGAUUUAUCAACAUUUAAGAUGGUAUACCAAUCCCACGGAACAACGAUGGAUAGUCAGAAUACUUUUCAUCGUGCCAAUUUAUGCUACUUAUUCUUGGGUGUCCCUAUUAUUUUUCAAUAGCGGAAGCUAUUAUGUUUAUUUCUUUACCGUACGAGACUGUUAUGAAGCAUUUGUUAUAUAUAACUUUUUGUCCUUAUGCUACGAGUACCUGGGUGGUGAAGGGAACAUUAUGUCCGAAAUAAGGGGAAAACCAAUACGUUCCAAUUGUUUGUACGGAACAUGCUGCCUAGUUGGAAAGACUUAUACUAUUGGUUUCUUGAGAUUUUGUAAACAAGCAACUUUACAAUUCUGCUUGGUCAAGCCUGUAAUGGCUUUUGUCAUUAUAUUUCUUCAAGCAUUUGGCCAUUAUAGAGAUGGAGAUUGGUCUCCAGAUGGUGGCUAUAUUUAUAUAACAAUGAUUUAUAAUAUCAGUGUAUCUCUUGCUCUUUAUGGACUUUUUCUCUUUUACUUUGCGACAAGAGAACUGCUCACACCGUUUGAACCAGUUUUAAAAUUUUGUACCGUCAAAAGUGUCAUUUUCUUAUCAUUUUGGCAAGGAGUAUUGUUGGCCAUUCUUGAAAAAGCAAAUGUAAUUUCACCAGUAAUAGACAGCUUAGGUCAAUCAACAAGCGCUGGUACCGUUUCUGCUGGUUAUCAGAAUUUUCUAAUUUGCAUUGAAAUGUUGUUUGCUGCUAUUGCAUUGCGCUAUGCAUUUCCUUACCAAGUAUAUUCAGCUGGUUGUGUUACUGACUCUAGGGGAAGAAGCGUGACAAUGCAAAGUAUUAGUAGCAGUUUGAAAGAAACUAUGAAUCCAAAAGACAUAAUGACUGAUGCCAUCCACAACUUUCAUCCACAAUACCAACAGUAUACGCAGUACAGCUCUGGAGGACCGAAGGGGCAACGUGGUAUGCGAGUAUCCAGCUUUGAUCCUGAUGAUCCACAAAAUAUGCCGGUACCACCACCACAAAGACGUAAUACUUCUCAUCAACGAGUUGCAACUAUCUCACAAAAUUAUAAUGAAAAAACUAUGUUAUUGAGUAGCGAUGAUGAAUUUCAAUAAAUGUGGAAAGUAAUUGAUUGAAUGCAGAGCUUACACAGAUGACAUAUAUAUUAAAUUCUAUAUAUAUAAAUAUAUAUCUAGAAUUCUAUUCUAAAUAUAUAUAUAUAUAUAUAUAUUUAUGUUAUAGUAAAUGGAAUUAUUACCAACUAAGAAUCUGCUUUCAGUGAUUAAAUACAUUCUUUUAAUUGUACAUCAUUAGAUAGGAAUAUGACUCGCUCAUGAGAAAACAAUGAGAGAUAGAAAAAAAAUCAUACGGUGUAUAUAUAUGCACCGUAUUCUAAUAUAGUUCCAUACCAUUACAUUCAUGUUAAUACAUGUAUUAUGUUAUAUCAUAUAAACAUAGUAUAGAAGAUAUUUAUUUUAAUAUGCUGACAUGAUUAAAACAGUUAUCUAUAAAUGUGACUACUUUGUAAAGCUACGACAAACUUUAUUUUAGGAUAAAAUUUAAUUCAGAAAGACUACCUGUAUAGUACUUAACUUUAAAUAGGCACACACGUUGCUAUAUUACUUCUUUAUAAUUUAUCAGUAUUUUUCUGAGAAGAUCAGAAUUAUCUAAGCAUUUCCACAUUGAUAUUAAUCCUUUAUCAAAACUGCAAUAUUUUGUUAAGAAACAUUCAAAUGACUUGCGAUAAUAAGCAAAGUAUAAAAUUUAUUAAAGGUACUUAUAAUUAUAUAUAACUGUAAGUCACAAAAACCUUUGCGUCCUAGAUUAAAGAACUAAUAAAUGUAUAUAUUGUUAACAUAAAUUAUAUUUAAUAUAACGUAAAAUAAUUCAAGUUUUCCUUCAAGAUAAUUAUUGCAAGUAAAAAAUCGUUCAAAUAACGAUCACGAAAGGGAGAAACAAUAAUUGAUAAAUAAUGUCUCAGAUAUGAAUAAAUAUAAGUAUCUGAUGUUUUAUGUGUAUAGAACCUUA